GUUGUGAAAGCGCGUGGAUGCUUUUGCAAACUUGAUGCGAGAAAGUGCGUACUCUUGUCAUGUCAUGUAUCACAUUUCUGGGUCAACGUUGCGUUAGAAAAAUUCAAAAUAAUGUGAACUUCUGUUACCCGUUUGCAGGCGCUGAGGGAGGAUUUUUUUAUUUUGCUCGCGAGAAAUCAUGCUCAUAGCGUAGCGUAAAUUAUGACUCCACGUAAAGAAAUUUGCACAUUUUCAAUACAGCUCACUUUCCUUUCAACAGAACAGACUUUGUAUAUAUGCUAGGGGAGUGGAGACGGGAGAGUGUUAAGCUUGUUUACCAUAGAAGCUCACGAACAAAAAUGAAAGAAAAUAUUAAUUGAUAUUACUAACAAACCUUGAAAAGGAAAAUCGGUAACGUGGGAGAGAAAACUCCUAAAAAAAGUCUUCGAAAAACUAAAUUAAGGCUCAACGGCGAGAAAAAGAAUUAAACCCAUCCCUUCCCCUCUGAAAAAAAAAGGUAACAAAUUACUAACUUCCGUCCCACGCAAUAACAGAAGUCUACACGCCUUGGAUGUUUGUGGUUUUAUCCAAACACAGAGAAAGGACAGAACAGUGUUGUAUGUCAACAUGUUGACGUUACACAUUAAAAAUUGAGAUGAUCGAGACAUGAAAGAACCUUUCAAUGAUGGAAUCAAAUAUGAUGAACAUAUUUUGAAUAUCGUGCAUCGCAACACCCAUCUACGGUUUCAAAACUUCUGGAGACAUUAAUCAGACACCCAUAAAUGCGGCUGAAAGGGUCGGAGAAGCCCUUUAAACGGUUCAAUACUCCGGAAAAGGGGCCAGAGUAACCCAACUGAUCGACACACAAUUUUAGGACAGCCGAUCUCCUUGUUCCGGAAUUAUUCUGUUGGCCUCCUUGGCCGACUAAACGUAGAUAACGAGCUGGUAAAGGAAAGCGUUGUGUUCUACAUUCGUCUUGAAGUUUCAGUAGCACGUUACAUCAUGAAUGGCCAGCACUGGUUCUUGUCAAUUUCUGUCGGCUUGUGCUGGGUUUUGGCGCCAACAGGUACAGAGGCUCAAGGUGACGAUGGAUCAUCGUCAAAGUGGGGGCCUUGGAGCGAAUGGAAACCCUGCUCCCGAACUUGUGGAGUGGGUGUUUCUUAUCAAGAACGAGAGUGUCAGGAGAAGGAAAGACCAGAUGACUUUUGCAAAGGAGGUAAACGCAUUUACAGAACAUGUAACAUACAGGAUUGUCCGGAAGGAUCCAGGGAUUUCCGUCUUGAACAAUGCGAAGCCUUCAACGAUCGCACAGUGGAUGGGCAAAGAUUUGAAUGGGUUCCAUAUAUACCAGCCAACGGAAAAUGUGUCUUGAACUGUAUGCCGAAAGGAGAAUACUUCCUUGUGCGGUGGGCAGACAAAGUGGUGGAUGGAACAACGUGCGCUGUCGACUCGUAUGAUAUUUGUGUGGAUGGGAGGUGCGAGAAACUAGGUUGCGAUCUCAUUUUGAAUUCCAAUGCGAAAGAAGAUAAAUGUCGAGUGUGUAAUGGUAAAGGACAGAAUUGUAGAACAGAGAAGGGGGUUAACACCGAGGAAGGCGAUGGAUAUAAAGAAUUCCUGACGAUUCCUGCCAGUGCUACCAAUAUUGAUAUUCAGGAAAUUGCUCCCUCGUCGCAUUUCUUAGCUCUCUCUGACCUAUUCGGAAAUUACUUCUUUAACGGAGACUAUCGUAUCAGAAACCCCGCUAAGUACAAAGUGGCCGGCACUGUUUUUACCUACCAGCGAACCAGAUUUGGACAAGAGAGGAUAUUCGCUUUGGGCCCCACAACAGUUCCUGUACAGGUUGAGGUCCUUUUAAUGGGAGGAGAGGAAAACCCAGGAAUUUCGCACGAAUAUUCUGUGCCAAACUCUGUGGUAAUAGACCCUAAGCCAACUCGAUUUUCCUGGAAAACCGGCGAGUUCAAUAAAUGCAGCAAAUCAUGUGCAGGAGGCGAGCAAAAGAGGAGAGUAUUUUGUGUCCGCAAUGACAACGGAAAGGAAGUUUCUGACGCAGACUGUGCAGAAGAUCAGAAACCAUCACCCAAAAAAAGAUGUAACACUCAACUUUGUCCCUCAAGUUGGUUCGUAAGUGUCUGGAGUGCUUGCUCUGUCACAUGCGGUCAAGGCAAACAGGUUAGGCGAGUUCACUGUCAGCGCGUGGUAGAAGGAGGGGAGACUGCCAUUAUCUCCGAUGACCAGUGUUCAGGUCCCAAACCGAUCAUCAUGCGCGCAUGUCAGAUGGAGAAAAACUGUCCUGAAUGGUCAAUGGGUCAGUGGUCAGCGUGUUCUGCUUCAUGUGGCAUGGGCACCAAAUACCGUGAUGUCACGUGUGAAGUCCUUGAAACGGGUGCCAUUUUACCCCCAAAAAGCUGUAACUUCGCUUUGAAGCCGGAAGAAACCAUGAAGUGUAACCCAGGUCCCUGCACUGUAACCUGGCUUGCGUCAAACUGGAGCGAGUGUCAUCCCAAAUGUGGAAAAGGAAUGAGCACUAGAAUGGUUUACUGCGUGGGCAUCACUAAUAACGAGGAAAAGUACCCGGAUGAACUUUGUGACAAUUCGUCUCGGCCAAUCAGCACAAAGAAAUGCUUAAGUGAGACGCCGUGCCCCGCCAUGUGGCACGCGUCUCAGUGGAGUAAGUGUACAGCUACAUGUGGCUUUGGAAUGCAAAUGAGAAAUGUUCUAUGCGCCAAACGAGAAGGGGCGAAAACCCUCCGCAUCGUGCUGAGUGAUCAGUGUAAAAAGGAACGUGAGAUGUCAAAAAUACAAAAGUGUUCAAUUCGACCCUGUCAGGCAGGAUGGUACAUCUACCCCUGGGAACCGUGCUCCAAGUCAUGUGGCCAGGGUGUCAGACGAAGAAGUAUCAAAUGCCUUGCUGACUCAAUGGAGGAUAUCCAAGAAAAAUGGUGCAAGACAGAAGACAAACCUGUGUCGGAAGAGAUGUGUGUCGAGAAAGAAUGCGAAGUUCCUAUGACAGUAACAACAACUGAGCAAAGUACCACUACCAAGCCAACAACACAGCAAGUUACCACAGUUAAGACUGGGACUAAAGUCAUUACCACAAGGAGAAAAACCACAGCUGCACCAUCCACUCCAAUUUCUUUCACCACUGUCACAUACCCCACUCACACCAAAACCUUAACGACCAUGCCACCUUCCACCGCAGAUGAAGCUGUGAUUCCUAAUACUAACCUCCCCCCAACAACUACCGAAGUACCCCCUACCACCCUACCCCCAACAAAUACCGAAGCACUUCCUACCACCCUUCCCCCAAAAACUACCGAAGUACCCCCUAGCACUCUACCCCCAACAACUACUGAAGUAUCCCCUACCACCCUUCCCCUAACAACUACCAAAGUACCCCCUACCACUCUACCCCCAACAACUAGCGAAGUAUCCCCUACCACCCUUCCCCUAACAACUACUGAAGUACCCCCUACCACUCUACCCCCAACGAUUACCGAAGCACUCAGUACCAUCCCUCCCCCGACUGAAACAAUGACUCCUCCUCCGUCAUCAACACCAAAAACCACGACAGUGCCUCCGACAACUGCACGGAAGGUGCAGGCAGCGCAGAUCGUCCAACCUCCGAAGGAUACAAUGGCUUACGUUGGCACCGAAGUUUUGUUCCGUUGCCGAGCAACAGGAUAUCCAGCUCCCGUCAUCAGCUGGCGAAAAGGAGCCAUUCCUGUCAGCAGUCUGGAUUCGGAAAGGAUAAGAAUACUUGAUAAUGGUGACCUGAGGAUAAUUGACAUAAAGCAGGAGGAUAAUGACGUUUACACGUGCUUCGCAACUAACUGGGUCGGUCCAAUGCACACCGUGGAAGCCCGGUUAGCUGUAAUAGUCCCAGUCUUCAUUUCUGUAUCACCGAAUAAUAAGACCGUGAGUCCUGGUGAAGAUGUUAUGAUCACGUGCAAAUCAGGUGGUGUACCAAGCCCCAUAGUGGAGUGGUACAAGGACAAUUCUCUCAUAACCCAGCAGGGGAGGGUGAGAGUGUCAAGAACUGAUGUUGUCAUUUCGCAAGUUCAGCCUUCCGACAGCGGAUACUAUCAAUGCAGCGGUCGCAAUAACUACAGUGGAGCAAGUGACAAAAUGUAUUUGAAUGUUAUUAAGAAAGAAGAACCAACAGAGCCUCCUUAUAAAUGUGAAGACAACCCAGCGAUAGCACACUGUCAAUUAGUCAGGAAAGUAAAUUACUGUUGCAUUCCUUAUUACAAGAAAGCGUGCUGCAAGACUUGUGAAGAUCUUUUACCCACCUGUAAUUACUGAACUGGCUUAAGCCAAGAAAAAAAGGAAUUUUAGGGCAGUUCAAUUUAACGACCGCUGACCUUAUAGUGAGUAUAUAGUUAUCACAUGUACAGCGGCAGAAAGCUGAACACUCACGAAGUACUCAUGCUUUUUACAAAACCAAAAACGUAUUUUAAGAAGUACUUUAUUGAACUUUUAUUAAGUCAAUACCACCGGCGAGAAUAAAACCGCGCAAGUAAAACUGCUGUUACGACUUUUCGAAGCCAUCUUUACUCCAUUAUUAAGGAAAACGACGGCUGUAUUUUUGUUUGAAGUCGAAUCUGUAAUCGAACUUUUCACUGAUUAUGGAGCCAAGAUUGUUCUAUAGUCUAGUAGUUUUAUUGCUUAAGUUUCCAUUAUUAAGUAUGUCCACAAAUGUAAUGUUUUCUUAUCACAAUGCUACUUGCAGAUACAGGCAAAAAUGCUUAAAGAAAUAUUUAUAAGAAAGAGUGGAGGCUAUAUACUAAGCCUGAUGGAAACAGUAGAUUUGUGCCAAGUUUGGCAUUUCAAUUUUGCUUCCAUUUGCAGGAAAAAUAAAAUAUACGAAGACAAAAACAGUAAACAGAAUUGAAUUUACGUAGGGCAUAUUUAUAUUUUUUAUUAUUAAGAACCUGUUCAUUUGAAGUACCCUUAUGCUACGUAAAUCUGUCACAGCUUUUGGACAUCAAACGAAUUUACCCUUAGGUUUGAUUUUUUCGCCGGGAAACCGGGCUUCUACUGACAAUUUGCAUACGAUUUUGGGAAGUGGUUUCUGAGAAAGAGGAGGAAUGGAGUGGAACACGAGAUGGAAUUGAAGCAUAUUUAUCUUGUCGAGAUUAAUUAUGCGUGGUAACUAAGCCAGAAAACGGGAAAAGAUAGACUAAAAGUAGAUAAGUCUGAAAAUAAAUCAAUAUGCCGUUUCUAAGCAAUGUGCGAUUCAAACACUUCCAUUUUACAGGGAAAAAACAAUAGCAUUGUUUCUUUUAAACAUAUAACUUUUAGUGGAUAUAAGAAUUUUAUUAUUUGAACAAUUUCAAAUAGUCAGGAUAAAAGACAAAGGAACAGGGUUACUAUGCCUUGGAAUAUGAAGUAAAAACUUAAGGUGGUUAUUAUAAAAUCACCCAAGUAAUGAACAGAUUAAUAUGAUUAAAAAUUUACAAAGAAAAACAUAACGAAACGAAACUUUGCACCGGAAGGAUAUAAAUUACAGCUUGUGCAGAAUUGUGCAGCUCGCUUAAUUUUAGGUGGCUGCAAGUAUGAUCACAGCGCGCCAUUACUCAGAGAUCUUCAUUGGCUGCCCAUUGAACCUCCUUUUACUUUUAAAUUACUUUUGAUAACUUUAACGGCCCUGAAAAACUUGGUGGCUCCUUGUUACAUUUAUGACUUUCUGCAUAUAUUCACCACAAAUAGACGACUAAGGUCUUCAUCUAGUUUUCAACUUUCAAGUUCCUUUGUCAAAUCUAAAAACUUCUGGAGACCGAGCAUUCUCUAUGUGUACCCCCAAGCUGUUACGUGGAACUGUCUUCCCACUGUUAUGUUAAUCUUAGUUCCAGUGUUACUACCUUCAAGUCAUCUCUGAAAACUUUUCUUUUUGAACAAUGUUUUAUAUAAUAGGUUGUUUUAAGUUUUAUUUUAAAGGAUGAACAGGAAAGACUUCUGAAAACAGUUUUAAUAGAUAAGUGUAAGAAUUGCCACGUAUGUUCUUAGAGCAGCUACACAAUAUAUUUAUCUGUUGUUAGUACACACUGAUCGGCUUUUUUAUGUAGGAAAAUUAGUUAGCAUGUAUUACUCAGUUUUAAUGUAAGUAUAUAUUUGUUUAAUAUUCAUACUUUAGCAGUGUCCUCAAUUAGUUUGUCAAAACUGAGCUAAACAUCCCGGCUGAUACUUAAAUAAAGCUUUCCUACCAACCUUC